CAGGUAUUUUAAAUUCAGCUAACUCGACACAAGCUCUCCGUACUCAUUUUCCCGAUCACCGGCGUUGGUCAACUCAGUGAACUCAGCAAUGGAUUCUCCGCCGCCGGAAAACGCCGGAAUGGGCCUAAAACCUACUACUAUCUCCGUCUACACUGACUACCUUUUGAAUCGAAUUUCCAACUACUUCCCGGCGACUAAUUUUGUCAACAGGAUUUCCAAUUUCUACCGUGGCAGCAGCUCAGGCGCCAUUAAACGACGUCGUAGGAAGACUUGUCUCCCUCUUCCUUUCCCUUCCUCCUCUUCUUCCCCUGAAUCUUCCACGGUUGUAUGUGAGGCAUCUAAAAUUGUUGGUACAUUGGAGGACAUCAUGGAGUGUCUCUUUCUAAAUUUGCAUUAUGUCCAGAAGAACUUAGAUUAUUGGCAAUCUAAAGCAGAGGGAUCAAAUGCUCUAAAAGCAUACUUCAUGGUAUGUGAGAGAGGACCGUCUGCAUUUCUCAAUGGCACUGCUCAGCUGAUACGCGAUUGUGUUGGUGAAGGUUCUGGGGUGCAACAUACAUAUUGUUUAGCAUCUUCUUAUAUAUCCGAGAGGAUAAAUAUCUUGAGUAGCUUAAGAUAUCGUUUGGCUACAUUUUUGGCCCAGGUCUAUAUGAAGGUUGACAAAGCUGGUGAGGAAUUGGUUAAGGAUCCUGAGAGGUCAUUAUCAACAUUAUUGAUUGAAAUGAAUGAUCUAUUUCUUAAGUUGGAGGCAUCAAUUGGCCAUUUCCAUGCAAUGCGCCAGCAAAGCUCUUCUGUUGAUGAAAGCUAUUCUUUUCCCUUGAUAUUCGAGAAACUUCCAGAAGUAAAUCAAGAAGGCUCUCGAUGGACUGAUUGUGAGAUUAGAGAUGCCAUCAGUCUGAUCUACCAAAAUAUAGACAGAUUGAACACGUAUUUAGCUGCCAUUGUUACAAUUCACCGAAAGCCCAGGAGAGUUACUCGUUACUGGAUACCGUAUACCUGUGGGAUUGUCGGCAUCUCUAUUUGUUCAUUAUGGUUUAUUCGCCAUAGCAGUUUAGUAGGAAGCUCUGACAUUGACAAUUGGAUUCGUGAGGCAAAGGACUCAACACGUAGCUUCUGGAAUGACCAUGUAGAGCAACCGCUUCUCUCUAUUAGAGACGAUCUUUUCUACACUUUCCGGAAGAGGCAGAAGGGAGCAAUGGAACCUGAAGAAGUGCAGUUAACUGCUGAUUCUCUACAUAGAAUGUUGCAAGCUUUCACUGAGCAGACAAAGGGUGAGAAGGCUCCACCUAAUGCAACGGAUCAGCAAAUGCUUGAAAUAGUAAUGAUGAGGUGUGGCUUCCUUCUGGGUUUUUUUGUUGCUUAUUUAAUAUGUAGGGAUUGAAUAAUACUACUCAUU